CAGGCCAACAAAUGGAUAAAAAAUAUGGAAAAAGAUAACAAAUUGGGUGUGGUCAAACUGAGCGAUGCGAACUACCUAAGAACACUGGAGAAUGCGAUUCAGUUCGGGUUUCCCGUUCUGAUGGAAAAUGUGGGCGAGGAAUUGGAUCCCGUACUCGAACCAAUUUUACAACGAUUGAUUUUCAAAUCACAAGGAUCAUAUUAUAUGCGAUUGGGGGACAACGUAAUCGAAUACAAUGCCAAUUUCCGAUUCUACAUUACCACAAGGUUGCGUAAUCCGCACUAUUUACCCGAGGUUUCGGUCAAAGUGUGCCUGCUCAAUUUCAUGAUCACUCCGUUGGGUUUGGAAGACCAAUUGUUGGGUAUUGUUACGGCUGAGGAGAAACCGGAACUGGAGGCGACCAAAAACGAAUUGAUUGUCACCUCGGCCGAUAACAAACGUCAGUUGAAAGAGUUGGAGGAUAAAAUUUUGGAAGUAUUGAGUGCGUCCCAAGGAAAUAUUUUAGAAAAUGAGACGGCCAUCAAUGUGCUCAGCUCAUCAAAAAAACUCAGCGAGGAGAUCACAGAGAAACAAGUGAUUGCCGAAUCGACCCAGUUGGAAAUCGAUGCCGCUCGAAAUGCCUAUCGUCCUGUGGCAGAGCAUGGCUCGCUUCUGUUUUUCUGCAUCUCCGACCUGUCGAAUAUCGAUCCGAUGUAUCAGUACUCGUUGACUUGGUUCAUCAAUCUGUUCCUCUCGACAGUGUCUUCCGUUCUCAUUCCCGACACAGAUGUGAAGGAACAACCGGCCGUGUGGAAAGAAAUGUACGACAGCACAGAACCGCAUCGAUUUGUUCCGGCGGGGAAGUUUAGUACUCUGGUUGGACUGCAGAAGUUAGUCACUGUUCGUUGUAUCCGACCGGACAAAGUUGUGCCCGGAAUUCAGGUUAGUGGUAUUCAAAUCACUAUCACCUUGUAUGUAUGUUUGUACAGCACGGUAAAAGUGGGAUCGAUUUGA